UGCUUUUACUUUCCCUCGCGGGGCCAUCCAUCUAACCCUCUCCGGACUCCACCAGAGCACCACCGCCCCGAAGAAAAUCCCUCCCCCAGCCUCCUCCUCCUCCUCCGACGUAGAGUGGGAGCGCGGAGAUCCAUCCCAACUCGGAUUCAUCCACCCUUCAACCCCACCCAGUCUGCCGCUGAUUCUUCUGCUGCUCGGCGGAGCACUAGCAGCACCGCAGCACGAGAUUCCGAGGGUUCAGCUCAGCCCCCAUGUCCGCCCCCGCGGCGAAGCAGGGCGCGGAGGAGGAGGCCGAGCGCCUCCUCGCGGCCGCCAAGCUGAACCCCAACGACGGCGGGCCCUUCCGCUCCCUCGGCCACCACUACGCCCGCGCCGGCGACGCGCAGCGCGCGGCCAGGUGCUACCAGCGGGCCGCGGCCCUUGACCCCGACGACGCCGAGGCCGGGGAGGCGCUCUGCGAUUUGCUUGAUGCGGACGGGAAGGAGAGCCUGGAGCUCGCCGUGUGCAAGGAGGCUGCCGGCAAGUCGCCGCGCGCAUUUUGGGCCUUCCGGAGACUCGGCUACUUGCAGGUUCAUCAAAAUAAGUGGUCAGAUGCUAUACAGAGCCUUCAACACUCAAUACGAGGUUAUCCAACAUGUGCCGAUUUAUGGGAGGCACUUGGUCUGGCUUACCACCGUUUGGGCAUGUUUACUGCAGCAGUGAAGUCAUAUGGGCGAGCUAUUGAACUUGAUACUUCCAAGGUCUUUGCUUUGAUUGAAAGUGGAAACAUCCAGCUAAUGCUUGGUUAUUUCAGAAAGGGAGUCGAACAGUUUCGUUCUGCCGUGGAGAUGGCUCCUCAUAAUCAUUCUGCAUACUUUGGACUUGCUUCGGCAUUGCUUGCGUGGUCAAAGCAUUGUGUAACUACUGGGGCCUUUACCUGGGCAGCUAAUCUGUUGAAGGAAGCAUCAGAAACUGCUAAAGUUUGCACUUCCUUGGCUGGAAACCUUUCCUGUGUUUGGAAAUUGCAUGCAGAUACUCAGCUCGCACUUGCAAGGUGUUUUCCGUGGGAGGAUAGGCAUAUCAAGAGGGGCAUGGAUGAACAAAAUUUCAAAGCUUCUGUCCUUCAGUGGAGAAAUACAUGUUUGUCAGCUGCAAAUAGUGCAAAACUCUCAUAUCAACGAGCUUUGCACCUCACUCCUUGGGAAGCUAAUAUUCACGUUGAUACUGCUAUUUGUCUUGAUCUCAUUUGUACCAUGGAGGAGAAUAACUCUGUAGACCCCAUUGUUUGGGAGCUUCCAGAGAAAAUGUCGUUAGGUGGUUUGAUGCUGGAACCAGUUAAUAAGGAUUUCUGGGUUACAUUGAGUUCAGUCUCAACUAAUCAGGCUUUAAAGCAGCAUUCUCUUAUCAGGGCACUGCAGUUGGAUACGUCUCUCUCUGAAGCUUGGGCAUACCUUGGAAAGAUUUACAGACAAUCAGGUCACAAGCAAUUGGCAAGACAAGCAUUUGAUCGAGCUCGAAGCAUUGAUCCAUCAUUGGCCUUGCCAUGGGCUGGAAUGUCGGCAGAAAACGAUCACCAAUCUAGGGCUGGUGCAGUAAAUGAGUCUUAUGAAAGCUGCUUGAGAGCUGUGCAGAUACUACCUCUGCCAGAGUUCCAGAUUGGCCUUGGGACAAUUGCAGCUCGUUCUGGUGAACUUAUGUCACCUCAGGUAUUGAUGGCUGUAAGACAGGCUGUUCAGCGAGCGCCUCAUUACCCAGAAUCACACAAUAUAAAUGGCUUGGUCUCUGAAGUGCGAUCAGAUUUCCAUUCUGCAAUCGCGUCUUACCAACAUGCGAAGUUUGCUUUGGACAUGAUGCGCAGGUCCAAGUUAGACAAUAGAUAUCCUUUUGUUGAUGUUUCAGUGAAUCUUGCCCGGUCACUAUGUAAGGCUGGUCUUGCAACUGAUGCUGUGCGCGAGUGCGAAGAGUUGAAAACACAAGGACUGCUGAACGUUGAUGGAUUGCAAAUAUAUGCUCUUGCAUUGUGGAAACUUGGACGGCAUGAUGAAGCUCUUUCCAUAUCACGAAACUUGGCUGAAAACUUAUCUAAUAUGAAGCACGAGAGUGCAACUGGGGCACUGGGAUUCAUAUGCACCUUAGCAUACAACAUAACUGGGAAGGAUUCUGCAGCUUUGGUCAUUCAUACACUCCCUGGUCAACCCAGUUAUAACAGAGAGUUGAAAUUCAUCAUCUCUGCAUUAGAUGCUUUGCAGCCAAGCAAGCGUUUUCAGUUACCUCACUUGAGCAUGCCUCCUAGACUUACAUCCUAUGACGUGAUGAGUGAAGUCCACUCAAAUAUUGCUCUGGGGAAGGCAAUUGGUGGGGAAGUAAACAACUGUUUAGGGGUCGAGGGUGGUUUGUCUUACCUGAAAAAGGUUCUACACAUGUAUCCUGACUGCAGUUUAGUAAGAAACCAUCUUGGAGCUCUGUUGCUGUCGAGUGGAGAUUGGACUGCUUCUCACAAAGCAGUAAGGGUUACUUCGUUGUCCCAUGGGCACACAUCCAAUAGUGGUCUAAGGUCUCCGCAUCAAAUUCAAGCAUGUGCAACAAUGUCUUGCUAUUCUACCUGCACUUCUUAUCCAAAGUUCUCAUUCCCAACAUGUGAAGACCAGUACCUAAGUCAAUACAAUGCAAUAUGCAACCUGCAAAGGUUGGUCCAUCAAGAACCAUGGAACCAAGAUGCACGCUACUUGCUUGUGCUUGCUAUUUUCCAAAAAGCACGUGAAGAGAAGUACCCCAAACAUAUUUGUACCACUUUGAAGAGGCUGGUUUUACAAAUUAUGUCCAGCAGUAGCAAUUCACAAGAGCAUAAACACAGCCUUUAUGAGAAGUACUUGCUACUUCUUUUGUUUUCAGAGGUUAGUUUGCAAUCUGAUGACCAUGGAAACGGCAUUGCUCAAGUUACAGAUGCUCUAGGAGUUGCUCCUCCUAGUGUGGAUACUUUCUUUGCACACUUGCAACUGUGUCGGGCUUAUGUGGUGCAAGGCGAUCUUUCGAACUCCAGGAAGGAAUACAUGAAAUGCUUGCAGAACCGCACGAAUACUGAGGUUGGCUGGGUAAUGCUCAAGCAACUUGAAUCUCUAUGUUCAGUGAACCGUGGCUCUGAUGAAAUAGAGAUAAAUCUCAAAGAAUGCAUUGAAAGGAACGGUAGCAACCCAUCAAAAUGGGCAUCUCUUUUUAACCUAGCAUGUGCUCAGUGUUUUAUGCGGGAUGAGGACUUUGCAAGUGCUGAAAAAGCUCUUGCACAGGCAUGUGCUGAAAAGGAUGCUGAUAGCUGUGUCUUAUUCCUGAAUGGAGCUAUGCAUAUGGAGAUUGCCCGGAGGUAUGCGGCUCCUCAGUAUAUAACCCGCGCAGCUUCGAGCCUCAGAAAGGCGCAGCAGAAGUCUCAAGCUGCCGUACCCAUCGUGUCACUCCUGCUGGCCCAAGCAGAAGGCAGCCUCGGCUCCAAAGCCAAGUGGGAGAAGAACCUUCGCCUCGAGUGGUUCUCUUGGCCCCCAGAACUGCGGCCUGCCGAGCUCUACUUCCAAAUGCAUCUUCUGGCGAGCCAGUCGACUGCAGCGGUGGCAGGUCCUCAGCAGAAGAAGCAGCAGCAGUUGGUGGAGACGAUGCAGAGUCCCGGGGCGUGGCUUCUGAGGGCGAUACACCAGAACCCGUCGUGCUCCCGGUACUGGAAGGCCUUGCUGCAGCUUGUGUACGUGUAGCCUCGGUCUUGUAGCUGAGACGGACGUAGCAGAAUCAGUUUAACGGAGUUGUAGCGUAAUUUGUGUCGUGUAGACCUCUUUGCUAUGAGCCCAUGAGGUGCUCUGGCGAAGUGUAUUUGUUGUUGUAAACAUAGUUUCUUUCUAACAUUUCCCUCUAGUGGUAGGAGCUGGGAGUUGAGACUGCAUGCAAGGAAAGAAAAAAAGAAGCGUCAGAGUCUUCUUAUCCCA